UCGUAAUCUCUCGAGCGAGGCGCAGGAAUUGUUCCGGCCGGUGCAUCCACCACCUGCACAGCGUGCUAGCGCUAGCGCCUGUGAAAUCGAGGAAUCCUAUCAAAUCGACAGCGUCUUGGACCCGCUUACACUUGAUCAAUACACUUCUAAGUUGGGGGACAAACCAUAAAAUACAACAUAUCGGCCUGUGCACUUUGAACAUGACUGCACUAUUAACGGUUUCGAGAAAUGUGCACAUAUCGCAUCUUAAAAGUUCACGACACGUGGAGUGAUAGAUUACGAUGGAUUUUCAAACUUGAUCUACUGUUCUGUUGAGGUUGCUAUGUGGAAUAGGAAUUCAUACUUGUCAUCUGUCAAAGACAGUAUUUGUGUCCGGCCUGAAAAUCUUAAAAAUGUGAUGCCAGGAAACAAAGCAAAGAUGAAGGAAAGUUUGGCAGUGCGUGCACCGGCGCCGAAGACGAGGCCGAAGCCCAAGCCAAAGGAGAAUGCUCUCAGUCAGCUGAGAGUGAUGUAUCCCGACUCUUCAGGGGAAUCUUCAUCUGAGAUGUCCGAUAACGAAGUCGAAGGAUGGGACAAGACCGUAGAACCGGGAAAAGUAAAGAAUAGCGAGGACCAAAGUAAGCUUCAGAACUUGAAAAACUCAGAAAAAUCAGUUGGAAUGCUUCUGUCACAGUUGCGAAGGGAGAAUAAAUCUAAACAGCAUGAAUUCAAGAUCCCACAUGAUAAGGGACAUUCAAGAGCACAUAAAGACGUGCUUUCCAAUAUGCAACAAGACAAUUCUAACCAUUGGCUUCAUCAAAGUGACGACCAUGCUAGCAUCAAACAGGAGCUGGAGUAUGCUGGCAUCAAACAGGAACUGGGAAUUACAAGAACACAGGACCAUGCUGGCAUCAAACAGGAACUGGGAAUUACAAAAAUACAGGACUAUGCUGGCUUCACACAGGAACUGGGAAUUACAAGAAAACAGGACAUUUCUGGCAUCAAACAAGAACUGGGAAUUACAAGAACACAGGACCAUGCUGGCACCAAACAGGAACUGGGGAUUGCAAAUACACAGAGUGAUGAUGGCACCAAACAGGAACUGGGAAUUACAAGAACACAGGACCAUGCUGGCACCAAACAGGAACUGGGGAUUGCAAAUACACAGAGUGAUGAUGGCACCAAACAGGAACUGGGAAUUGCAAAUACACAGAGUGAUGAUGGCAUCAAACAGGAACUGGGGAUUGCAAAAACACAGAACCAUGCUGGCAUCAAACAAGAACUGGGAAUUACAAGAACACAUGACCAUGCUGGCACCAAACAGGAACUGGGAAUUACAAAAACGCUGGACUAUGCUGGCAUCAAGCAUGAACUGGGGAUUGCAAAAAAACAGGACCAUGCUGGCCUCAAACAAGAAAUGGGGAUUGCAGAAACUCAGGACCAUACUAGCAUCAAACAGGAACUUGGGACUACAAGAACAAAAGACCAUGCUGGCAUAAAAAAGGAACUGGGAAAAACAAAUACACAGAACUAUGCUGGCAUCAAACAGGAACUGGGAAUUACAAGAAAACAGGACAAUGCUGGCAUCAAACAGGAACUGGGAAUUACAAGAACACAGGACUAUGCUGGCAUAAAAAAGGAACUGGGAAUUACAAAUACACAGUACUAUGCUGGCAUCAAACAGGAACUGGGAAUUACAAGAAAACAGGACAAUGCUGGCAUCAAACAGGAACUGGGGAAUGCAAAUACAAAGAGCGACGCUGGCAUCAAACAGGAACUGAGAAUUACAAGAACACAGGACAAUACUGGCAUCAAACAAGAACUUGGAAUUACAAAAACGCAGGACCAUGCUGGCAUCAAGCAGGAACUGGGGAUCACAAAAACACAGGACCAUACCGGCAUCAACCAGGAACUGGGAAUUACAACAACACAGGACCAUACUGGCAUCAAACAAAAACUGGGAAUAAAUCCUGCGCUGGCUACUAGAAAUGAAAAGACUGGGCCAGGGAUAUCGGUUGGUCGGUCUUGGCAAGCAGCGGGACAACAUAUUUCAAUACAAGUACCAAAUGAAAAGAAAGAAAUGCCAGACAGAGUUAACACAAAGUGUAGCCAAACACACCAAGGUACGUCUUCUGUCUCACAAAUGGAGAUUAAUGAUGAAAAAGGGAAAGAUGAAAUCUAUGAUCCAUCUCCUACCUGUGGGUAUUCGGUUAGUGAAGAUAAAGAAGCAGAGUCAAUAGAACAUGAUCAUGAGUUUGUGACAGGGCCAAAGCAGUCACAAGUGAAAGCAAGCUCUCAGGUGAAAUUUGAGGAAGAUGGAAAUAAUAACAAAGAUGAUUUGCUAGAGACUGUUGGUGAAAUGGCAUAUGUGGCCCAAGAAGAUCAAGGUGUAUCAGAAUGCAAUGAGAAGCAAACUGUUAUUGAAGUGCCACACUCUGAAACUAUCUCUGAAUCAGAUAGAGUAAACCAUCAAGCAGUGGAGGGGAACAAGACUACUAAGGAGGGCACUUUUACUAUGAGCACAGAACCUGCAAAUUGGAGUCCGCCCAUUAGUUCAGAAGUGACUGGGAAUGUGCCUGUGGAGGACUGUCAGUAUGUUUGUGCUAAGCAACAGGCUGGGUUGCUAGCUAAGUGUUUUAAGAUAACUAAAGAAGUUCAAGAUGUCAAUGAGGUCAGUAAAGAAUCUGUUCCAGGCACUGACACAAUCAACAUGGUGAACAAUCAUCUACAAGAGGUGAAGGAAGGGUUUAUAGAGAACCCUGCAGUGUGUGAUGAUGCAAGCAAAUCCAGUGGUGAUCUCAUUAGUCAUGAAGUCCUCCCUGACAAGAAACAAUGGGACCAAGAGAAGGACACUGACAUUUUGUUUCAGUGUGAGAGUGAUAGAUUUGAUCAUUCUCAAAAUAGUUCAAGUAGUGAUCAUUAUAGUGACCAUUCUGAAAUAAGUUCUAAAGUCACUUUAUCACUUUCUGAACCCAUAGUAGACAAAAUGGAGAGUCCAUCAAAUGACCAGAAAGUAGAGUUUGAGAGGCAAGAAAAAAAUCAAGUUGGAGAUGAUCUAAAAUCUACUGAUGUGAAUAAUGAAGCAUUACUGGAUUCUGAUUCCGUGUGUUUGGACUUUACAGAGGAGUGUCUUGAUGAGAGUGGUAGUCGUCAGCCAUCACCUGAAAUACCACAAAGAAUGUAUAGCCCUGAUUGUAUUGAUGAUACCUGUCUUCAAAGCAACCUUGUUCCAGAACAGAUUGGAAAGUCACUUGAAGAAGCAAAUGAUGAUUUCCACCUGAAACUUCCUGAAAAUUCAUGCCUGAAAACAUGCCAAAGAGGAGAUAAACUUAGUAUGCAAGACAUUGAUCAAGAAGAGAGCAAAGGCAGAGUUCCAUUCUCUUAUCUGCACCUUGAGGCGGAAAAGCAGUCAUCACCAGAGAAAAUGAAUGAAUCUGAUGGAACUUUUGGGAUUGACCAAAGAAGGGAAAUCAUCUCUGGAGAAUCCACAGGCCUUGUUGUUACAUUCAGCAAUGAAAAUGCACUUGUAGAUAGUUAUGUAUCUUCACAAUUUGGGCAUGAUAUGAUUCUUGAUCUUGCAAAAGAAUCAUCUGAUCUAUCAGGCUCCCCAAACAACCAAUCAAAAGCACAUUCAGUUACCUCUCUAAUGAAAGAUUUUAAACAGUCAACAUCAGAUAGGUUUGAUGACCUGAGAGAGCCUUUUGCCCUGCAGUUGAAGGAGAAAGAGGAUGAGGGUUGUAACACAGGUAACACAGGCAAAGCAGAUACUGAUCAAGGUGAUGUUGAUUUACUAUCAGUCACAAGUGGGGCAUUGGAUAUUCCUGUCAUUAAUACUGUAUUAGAGGACUCAGAUGAAAGUAUGGGUUGUUCAUUGAGUGGUUUAAGUGAUGCCCUAGAUCUAGAGUUUGGUUCCACUUCUCCUAGUCCAGUAAUAAUGAAAGACCACAAUACAAGUCAAAGCUCAGUUGGAAUUGUCAACAGUCUGUGCGACGUGAAAGCCAAAGAGAGCACCGAUGCCGCGGUGGUGGAUACAAAUGAUGGGAUUAAACUUGAUGUUAAACAGGAAGUGUAUUCAGAGACUGGUUCAACACCAGAACAUGACCUAGGAGAGCUGCAAGAGCUGCAAGAAGAGCCUCAAGGAAAUGCUUGUCUUGGAGAUGAGGCACCUGAGAAUGAGGAUGCAUUGUCCCUUGUAUGUGAUACCGAAGAUCUGAUGAGUAACCUUGAGGAUCUUCUACAGGAUGAAAAUCUCCAGCAGACUAAACAGAGUCCAGAAAAAGACGAAACCAAAUCGGUGGAUGACAGCGGUAAUUCCACAUCUACCAAAGAUAUGAGUGUUGAGUCAUCUAAAAAACGGUGCAGCUCAAGUUCCAGAGAGCUACCAUCAUCCCCUCAGAGGUCAAGGACAAUGUCAAGGACAACAACGUCUAGAAGUGAAGAUAAAAGUCAGAGAGAUUCCAAACCAGAGUAUAAAGUAUCCAUCCAUUCCCGGAACGAAAACUCACGAUAUGUUUUCAAAAGUCAAGAAGCUCAUAGGGCGGUUAAAGAGAGGAGUCCCCGGCGAGCCUUGGGUCCUAACAGGAAUCGGUCGUCCCACAAACCACAGAGUGCUUCAGAACGGCUAGCCUCCAAACCACUGAGCGCUUCAGAACUGCUAGCCAAUAAACCGUUAAGUGCUUCUGAGCGGUUGGCCUUACAACAAAGACUGGGUGCUCAAAACGCUGCCAACAUGUCAUCAAACUUGGCCCUUCAGCAGUUGAUCAGGAAUGGCCCAGUGAUUCAGCCUUCGGAAAUCCUGCAGCAGCAACUUCAGCAAAAGCAGCAACUACAACAGCAGAAGCAGCAACUACAGCAACAGCAGCAGCAAUUGCAGCAGCAACAGCAAGAACUACAGAGACGCCUUCAGCAGCAGCUUCCUCCUGCUCUUCAACUCCGCCUUGGACUGAUGCAAAAUAAUUCUGGACUGCAGCCAACACAGAAUGUAUCUGAUGAUGUAGCCAUGAUCUGCCAACGUCAAAAGGUGAUGGUGGAAAGAUUAAUUCAGCUCUAUCAGCAACAGCGUGAAAGCGAUGUUGUCAUGGAGAAACAGAAGGAUAUCAUCCGGCAUUACCAACGAGCAUUUCUCAUUGCCAAGAAAGGAGGGCCACUUUCAAUGCAACAGGUUGCAGAGGACACCACCUCACGCCAGCGCUCUACCCCAAGAUCCAAGUCUCCUCCAAGGACAGAGUCAAACCCAGAUAGAAAAAUUGGCAAAAAGUGGCCCACUUGUGACCGAAGAGAGGAGUACAGAUAUGAGGAUCAAUCGGAGGCCAAGAGGGUGAAGGUAUAUCAUGGGAACAGGGAAAUGAGCGAGCAUUCAUAUGAGAGAUCUUCAAGGUCGCCAGAUAAAGAACAGCCACAAAGACGUGUUGAGCAGAGAAUCAUCAAACCUAGAGGAAUCCCUGUUAGAUCUCGGCUUGGUUUUGUAAAUGACCAUGAUGAGGGGAGACAGCCUAGGAAUCUGAGACUUCCGAGUGACGAACAGAUGCUGAUUUCAGUACCCAACAAACGUCCGGAUGAUGAGAUGAAUCACGACAGAAGGUGCAUCCAGCAGAAGUCUACACCCUUAUAUUCUGGAACAAGGGAUCGUCCAGAUCCUCGCUGUGAUGAUGUAGUGUUUGAACCCAUCCAGGACUUCCAUGCGGAGCAGAGAGUCGGUCAUCCCAGAGCUAUGAGUGUCAGAAAUGAAGUACCAAGAGGUAUGAGCCCAGUGACUAUCGUUGAGGAGUACGGUGACUACAACAUGAAUUCAAGGAAUCCCCAUAUGCUCCAUGAAGGAUUUCCACAUGAAAGAUCACCUGGUCUCCCUGGACCACCCUGCCUGGAAGAGCGCACAUCUCCCGUCAGUCCCUGCCAAGGUAGGACUCCAUCACCACACAUCCAUUCACAGUGGGAGUCUUGUAGAAUCACAGAGAGAGAUGCAAGAACAGGGGUGGUGAUUGACUACUUCCAUUCAUCAGUAAGCCAGGAGCAUCCGCACAUUCCGCAAGUGGUCAGAGCAGAUAGGCCAGCGAUGCAUGAGCCACCACCAUUCCGGGACGGGAGGCACGCUUGUCGGUCUCCUCUGGACCAACAUCCCAGUGAGUGUUUCCCAGAAGAUAUCAGCCAAGGGACUUGCAGAGGACCAGAGUCUCAUGAUAGACCACACUGCCAUGGUAGUUGUAGGGCACCUUUGAGACCUGUAUUUGAGAGGGCUUGCAGAACUCCACCCCACCCUGCUCCAGCUGACAUCCACGGCAACUACAGACCUCCCAUGCAUACUAUUCAUAUGAACAAUGGACCUGUUUUCAGAGUUCCUAGUCCCACUCCUGUCAUUCCAAGCCAAGGAUGUUUCAGAUCACCAAGACACCUUGCUAUGGCAAGCCACCAAGGUGCCUUCAGAUCUUUUGUUCGCCCUCCAGUCGUUGCUGCCUACCCCAAUGUGGUGCCCCAAAACUUUGAAGUUGCCCUGCCACAGUCGUCUCCCACUCCUGGUCCUGGGUUGCUAGAUCCACACAUGCAAUUCAGGGUUGGGUAUAGACAGGAGUGUGGAUAUCAAGAUGAAAGUGGACAAUAUGCUGAUUUUGGAUCUUGAAUUGGGAGUGAGUGAUUGAGGUGGUAAAGUUGAAAAUUGAUUUCUUGUCCUGUACCUGUGACUGCAAGUCAAUACUUUUAAGCCUGCUACAAGAACACAUAUCAUUAAAAAAAACACAUCUAUGCUGUUGCAUUAAUUAAUUGGAUAUUUCAUUAGAUUGAAAUAUAUUUUAUACAAGCCAGAGGGGUUCCAUUGUAGUUUACCAAAAUAUACUGUUAAAGUUCCUAAAUGUGUACAAAAUUUCUGAUAAAUCUGUUUUCUCUUGCAUAUAUUGGAUGUAAACAAUAUAUGUUUUUUUUACAUUGAGUUAACAAACCAUGUUGAUUUCUUCCACUGCAGAUGUAAUCGUAGUGGAAAAUAUUUUUUAAUGUGACAAUCAGUAUGGAACCUUUCUUCCCUCCCCUUCUCUUGAUCUACCCCCCCCCCAUGAUAAAUAUAUUAAAUUUGCAAAAUAUGGAGGUUAUGUGUGGAUCUUUAUUUCAUGUAUUUAGAGAUAAUCAUAGUAGAGGUUUUUACAAAGUGAUUCUUAGCGUUGAUCUGCCAAAAUACAAAAUUCACUUUUGAUAUGACAUCAAUGAAGAAAUGUUGUUACAUGCUGCAGACCUCGUACUUCAUAUUAUAGCUAGAUGUCAUGCUCUUGAGUGGCCAGGGUGUUUCUAGUCAUGUUCUUUAGAAAAUUAGUAUGUUUUGUAAUUGAUGAAAAUGUACUUGAUACUAUAUGAUAAUAGGAGCCAGAGAAAUAUUGGAGCACUCUAGUGAUACGAGGUUGACACAACAUUUGUUCCUGCGACAAUUGCUCUGGGCUUUAUUUCAUCUUAGUUGUAGGGUUAGCUUUGCAAUAGUUUUAGUUUAGCUUUAGCUUUGGGAUAGAAUAGUGUUAAAACCAGGGUUGAAGGUGGACAUUUCAUUGGUGUGAGGAAAUCACAAGGGAGCAAUUGUCGCCAGAGCAAAUGUCAUGGAACCAAUGAGCUUUCAUAGGAAUUAUGAAACACUAUGCUCACCCCCUUUCUUCUCUGUUGAAAAAAUAUUGGAAUGGAAAUCGCGACUAAAUAACUGCAAGUCUGCUUUCCCUACAGAAACAACACAAUUAAACUCUACAACAGAAAGAGGAAGGAGCAAUUAAAGAAAUUCACUUCUUCACAUAUAUAUUGUGUAU